CACCGCGCCUGGCCAGCAGGAGGAUUUUUUCACAAAUUGUUGAGUCAUGGCUAUCUUAAUGGAAGACUUCACUUAUAGCUUUUGCUUAAAAAGUCUGUCAUUGUAGCGAUAGCCUUAGGGAAGAUGCCUCAUCCCUGCCUAACAGAUUUUAGGAUAGAAAAUGGAAUUUCUCUUGUUUGUGUGAAUCAUUGCUUAACCUAAAUAAUAGUAGUCUCAAAUAUAAAACAGACCAUGAUAAAAGUCAAGCAUCUUGUUCUAAAAUAUGUUGGGUAUUACAGAGUUUUAAGUGCUUAUUUAAGGUGUGUUAAGUUGUUAUGUGAGUGACAGAUUUACACAGGAGCAAGUCCCUACUAAAGUUGUUUAGUCACCUGCAACCUGAUAAACCCCAGGCAGGUUUUUUUAUUUUUCUUCGUAUUUUGGUUAACAUCUGAAAGGCUUUCAUAUUCCAUCUAUUUUUAGAACAUUUCGCUGGUUUCCACAUGUGACCUUCACUGUGGACUUCAGUAUGUCUGUGUGGGUAAGGGUGGCAGUGCACAUUUUCAUCCAUGGUCAGAGAGGCCGCGGAUGGUGUUGCAGCCGCCAAGAGGAUGAAGCUGCUGCCCAUUAAGCGACCCCAGCUCCCAGUUAGAAGCUGCAGCAAGGUUCACAGGUGUCCAGAUGUGCGUCUUAGAAUCGAAGGAGCAUGGAGGAUUCGGAAGGCUUGUGAGUGAGCACCAGACUGUGGAAGGUGCAGGGCCUGAGAUUCAGGAGUCAGAUCCAUAGAGGCCUGUUGGGAAGCUCUGGCUGUGCAGAAGACGAGGUAGGAAGCAUAGUCAGCACCUUGAGUUUCAAGCUUUUCUUAUUUUUCUGUGCAGAUUAAGUCUUCCAGGAAAGCCCAGCCAGUAAAACUAAGGCACACAGAAUUUAUGGGUGUGGCUGUGCAGCCCCCUGCCCUCCAGGCUCAGCUCUAGCCCCCAGGAAUCAGGUUAAAUCAGAAAUGAGCAUGUCCAAAAAGAGAAGGUGCUUGCUUCCUCCUCCUUUUCCUGUGUGUUACUCCCUGCUCUCUUGCCUCUGUCCCCGUGAGGCUUCCUUUAGAAUUCCUCUCCCUAGCAGAGUGGCACGCCAUGAGAUCUCGGAGUGUUGGAGAAGGCUGAGGGGUUGCUUGGGUUUGAGGUAACUGGGAUGGGAGUUGGAACCAGUUCAUGGCAGAGAGACAAGCCUGCAGCCUAGGGACCAUUCUUGUUCAGGCUCUUGGGAGAAAGGCCAGGGCAGCACAGGCAGCACUUUGACUUGGACGUUUUAUUUUUUUUGCUUCUGUUCCACUGUUUUUUCUUGGUAGAUGAAUGUCUUGGGCAUAGGACUAAUUUAGUUUUACAGAUUUUUCUUUUUAAAUAAUUUGGUUCCACUUUUCUCGCUUGAAAUAGAACUGUCUGUUGAGGGGCUGUGCUUUUUUGUAGAGUGGUAGGAGAGGGUCAAAGGAGAGCAGUUUCAACAUCUGCCCUGUGCAGCACACACGGGACAGUCAGCGGCGAGGCGCUCAGCUCCUGCCUGUGGAGGCUUCGGUUGAAGGAAUGCCCUGCAUAUCAGACUGAGUGCAGCGAUGCGGAGCAGGCGAAGUGCUCAGCUCCUGCCCACGGAGGCUUCUGUCAAAGGAAUGUCCUGCAUAUCGGACUCAGUGCAGCGAUGCGGGGCAGGCGAGGUGCUCAGCUCCUACACGUGGAGGCUUCGGUUGAAGGAACGUCCUGCGCAUCAGACUCAGUGCAGCGAUGCGGGGCAGGCGAGGCGCUCAGCUCCUACACGUGGAGGCUUCAGUUGAAGGAAUGCCCCGUGCAUCGGACUCUGCAGCGAUGCGGGUAAUAAAAGCCGCCCUCAUUCUAGGGGAGAAUAUAAUGUUUACAGCACCUUUCAAAGUCAUGAACCAGAGUUUGACUAUUUGAAAAGUCUAGAAAUUGAGGAAAAAAUUAAUAAAAUCAGGUGGUUACCACAACAGAAUGCUGCUCAUUUUCUGCUGUCUACAAAUGGUCCCAAUAUUGAAGCCCAUGGAUCUUAUGGUAGAAGCGAGUCCACGGCGAAUUUUUGCAAAUGCUCACACAUAUCAUAUAAAUUCCAUUUCAGUAAAUAGUGAUCAUGAAACAUAUCUUUCUGCAGAUGACCUCAGAAUUAAUUUAUGGCACUUAGAAAUCACAGAUAGAAGCUUUAACAUCGUGGACAUCAAGCCUGCUAACAUGGAGGAGCUGACCGAAGUCAUCACCGCAGCCGAGUUCCACCCACACCAGUGCAACGUGUUCGUCUACAGCAGUAGCAAAGGGACCAUCCGACUGUGUGACAUGCGCUCCUCGGCCCUGUGCGACAGACACUCCAAGUUUUUUGAAGAACCUGAAGAUCCCAGCAGUAGGUCCUUCUUCUCAGAAAUAAUUUCAUCCAUAUCCGAUGUAAAAUUCAGUCAUAGUGGGCGGUACAUGAUGACCAGAGACUACCUGUCGGUGAAGGUGUGGGACCUCAACAUGGAGAGCAGGCCGGUGGAGACCCACCAGGUCCACGAGUACCUGCGCAGCAAGCUCUGCUCUCUCUAUGAGAAUGACUGCAUCUUUGACAAGUUUGAGUGUUGCUGGAACGGUUCGGAUAGCGCCAUCAUGACCGGGUCCUACAACAACUUCUUCAGAAUGUUUGAUAGAGACACGCGGAGGGACGUGACCCUGGAGGCCUCGAGAGAGAGCAGCAAACCACGCGCCAGCCUCAAACCCCGGAAGGUGUGUACAGGGGGUAAGCGGAAGAAAGACGAGAUCAGCGUGGACAGUCUGGACUUCAACAAGAAGAUCCUGCACACGGCCUGGCACCCCGCGGACAAUGUGAUUGCCGUGGCUGCCACCAAUAACUUGUACAUAUUCCAGGACAAAAUCAACUAGAGACGCGAAUGUGAGGACCAAGUCUUGUCUUGCAUAGUUAAGCCGGUCAUUUUUCUGUCAGAGAAAAGGCAUCAUUGUCCGCUCCAUUAAGAACAGUGACGCACCUGCUACUUCCCUUCACAGACACAGGAGAAAGCCGCCUCCGCUGGAGGCCCAGUGUGGUUCUGCCUUCUGUGAGGUGCCAGACAGGCGCUGCUGCUCACGUGGAGACACUCUCGAAGCAGAGUUGACGGACACUGCUCCCAAAAGGCCAUUACUCAGAAUAAACGUAUUUAUUUCAGUCCGAGCCUUCCUUUCCAAUUUAUAGACCAAAAAAUUAACAUCCAAGAGAAAAGUUAUUGUCAGAUAUCGCUCUUUCUCCAACUUUUCCUCUUUCUCUGCCAUCGCACUUGGGCCUUCACUGCAGCGUGGCGUGGCCACCGUCCGUGUCAUCUCGGCCUUCCUCCGAGUCCUGGUGGACUCCGUGGAUGUGUGGAUGUGGCCAGAGCAGGCUCAGACGGCCCCACUCACCCACAGCAUCCGCCGCCACCCCCUCGGGUGUGAGCACUCAAUAAAAACAACACACUAUAAAGUGUUUUUAAAUCCAAACAUAA